AUGUUGGUAGCCAAAUACUCGGCUUUGAUAGAACCCAUACUCCAAUCUGUAGCUUUGGACGUGGUCAAAGACUCGGAACACCAAUCAUCCAGCAGAAAGCCAUUCAGAAUACUGGAAGAUGUCUUUAGUAAUACCAUACUUGGUUCAAUGAUCACCUCCCUUGAAGUACGUUUUGCUGAAGAAAACACGCCAUCAUUCGCAUUAUCUAAGUUACACCCGGCGCAGAUGCAAAUGACGACAACUGAAAAUCAGCAUGUGCAGUAG